UAUAACUACAUAGAAAUCUAAAAUAAAUAUUAUUUAUUCUUAAAAUUAUCAAAUUACUGUUUUAUCACACUAUAAAUUUUUUUAUUCUAAAAUUAAUAUUUAUAUUGUAAUGUAAAUUAAAUUAAGCUGCCAUUUCGAUUUUCCCUCCCAUCGCUUACACAAAGCUAUCGUUGUUUCAUUAAAAGUAGUACAGUGGAAUUACGAGAAAUCAACAUUAAUUAGUAUAGUUAAUGUUUUGUUGAUAUAAGUAAGCUGAUAUAAAUUUAUACCGUCCUAUCAACAGUAUCAAUACCGCUGCACCAUGCUAUCAACUCACUAUCGCAAUGUUCAUAGCUUAGGAAUUGAUUUUGCUUCUUGAUACCUAAAUAUAAAAUAAUAACUAAAACAUCUUUUACCAUGGAAGUGACAAUAAAAAUCCAUAAAAUGGAUGAAAUCAACAUGAAUAGUUGUGGAUUUUGUAAAGCGUUUAUUUAUAGUUGUUAAUUGUACAAGAAUUUCCAGUGAAAAUUGAUACAUAAUUAUAAAAAAUGUGGACCGAUGGAUUUUAUGGAUGUUUUUUGCCAACAGUUUCAACAAUGAUAAUAUUUGUUGUCACUAUAAAUGUUGUAAAGUUUUUAAUAGGAGAGUUUAACGUCCAUGUUCGAGACAACAGAAGACAUAAUUGGCAAAACAUUAAACGAAGUUCUAGAGCUUAUUUUUGCAAUGUAUGCGAAUCACUUUUAAUAGCUGCAAAUGGAUGGUACUGUGACUCGUGUGGGAUAUGUGCUGACCACGAAUGUAUUAAGAAAGCUGAUAAAAAGUUUAAAUGUAAAGAGCUUAGUUCACUCAGUAAAGAAUCUAUAAAGCAUCAUUGGAUUAGAGGUAAUUUACCAUUAAUUGCAAUGUGUGAUGUCUGUGAUGAAGAAUGUAGUUUAGAACCAGGAUUAUUAGAUUGGUGGUGUUGCUGGUGUCAAAGAUGUGCACAUGAAACAUGCAAACUUUCCAUUAGUGAUCUAUGUGAUUUUGGUGUAUUUAAGCUUAUGAUUAUUCCUCCAUCAAGUCUUGAAAUAGCUAAUAAAAGACAGAAUAUUCAGCGGAGAGUCCAAUUAAAAUCUAUUGUACCACCAUUAUGGCCAAACUGGUGCCCAUUAAUCGUAGUUGCUAAUCAAAAGUCAGGAAACAAUGAAGGUGCUGAAAUAUUAUCUUCUUUUCGAAGGAUAUUAAAUCCUAUUCAAGUGAUAGAUUUAUCAGACCGUGAUCCAGUGGCUGCACUUGAAUGGUGCCAUUUAUUAGGUGAUACUCCUUAUCGGAUUGCAGUUGCUGGUGGUGAUGGUACUGUUGCUUGGUUAUUAGAUGCCAUUCAUAAGCUACAAUUGAAUCCAAUUCCAGCUGUAGCAAUUCUUCCAUUAGGAACUGGCAAUGAUCUAUCAAGAGUAUUAGGAUGGGGCAAAGAAUAUGAUACAUACACUGAUGUAUGUGAUACUUUACAAACAAUACAGGCAUCUAAAACAGUAAACUUGGAUAGAUGGUCUCUUACAAUAGACAAUAAAAAAGGUUUGGGAUUAAGAUCGCACCACAAGACAAUGCAUAUGUACAAUUAUUUGAGUGUGGGUGUAGAUGCACAAGUUACUUUAAAUUUCCACCGUACUAGAGAAAGCCGUUUUUAUUUAUUUAGUCACAGAAUAUUUAAUAAGCUUUUGUAUUUAUGUUUUGGAACACAACAAGUUAUAGAAAGGGAAUGCAAAGAUUUAAAUAAAAAUAUUGAAGUAUAUUUGGAUGGUAACAAAAUGGAGUUACCUUCUAUUGAAAGUAUUGUAGUAUUAAACAUUCCAUCAUGGGGUGCUGGUGUUGAUUUAUGGAAUAUGAAUCUUGAAGAUAAUAAUGUAAGUCCCCAAAGUAUAAGUGAUAAAAAAGUUGAAGUUGUUGCUUUGUAUUCUUCACUCCAUGUUGCACAAUUACAAGUUGGCCUUUCACAACCAUUACGAUUAGGACAAGCUAAAAGCAUUAAAGUAAUUUUAAAAAAAUCUUGUGCAAUGCAAGUUGAUGGAGAACCGUGGCAUCAACCGCCAUGUGAAUUUAAAAUUACAUAUGUGAAUCAAGCUGCAAUGUUAAUGAGCAGUGAUUAUUAACGAGAAAUUCAGAAUCUAAUUUAAAAAGUAUAAUGUUGAUUAGCUUGCAUAUUUAAAAAUAUUUUAAUCUAUAAAUUUAAAAAUGUAUUAAUGCUCAGACAACAUUUUAUAAAUAAUCACAAGGUUUUAUGAUUGAAAUGUAAAAUUCUGCAUUUAGGUAUUACACAUUACGUGAUCAUAAUUUGUUAGAUAAUUAUAAUUGUGUUAUAGCUGUAAUAUAACAUAUGUCUAGGAAACAGAUAUGGAUUAGAUACUGAUUAAUAUAUAUUUUAUUGCAUAAUGUUCCUAAAAACCAAAUUUCUAAACAAAUAUAAAUAUAUGUGAAAGAUGCUGAUAUAUUUGUUAACUUAUAACUUUAUGUAUGCUGUGUACAUCAAUGUGUACUUGAAAUAA